UUGGCUGGGCGGCCUCACCAGACUAAAAUGUUGUUCUCGCGGCUACCCAAGAAAGCUGCCGGCCUGCUGGUGCUGGUGCUCUCCUCCCCUACGGCGGGUGCCGUCGUCACCAUCACCGCCGCUGUCGUCGUCUCCCCCGCCUCCUCCUCGGAGCGAGGGAGGGCUCUGGAGUGGCUGCCCCUGCGGCUGCGGAAAUCUGAUGGAGAAGCCUGCAUCCAGACUGGAGGACCAUACCUGGAGUUGCUCCUGUGCUGCCAGAGGAAGGCAUAGAACCCCCUUAGGUGGAACUGCUACAGGGCUGGCAGCCAAGGUGGGCGAAAUGUUGAGCUCGUCUGUCUCAAGUUCUCCCCUAACAUUAGUAAGUCACAGAGCACGGAGCCCAAGCAUCUCAAACCUUGGCAGUAGCAUGAGCAGCCCUUUGAACUUGAGCAGGGAUGUCAUGCAACGGAGCCUGGUGCUUUUCGUUGUUGGCACUUUUCUCGCCCUGGUGCUGAACUUACUGCAGAUCCAGAGGAAUGUAACCCUGUUCCCUGAGGAGGUCAUUUCUACAAUCUUCUCCUCUGCCUGGUGGGUGCCCCCUUGCUGUGGGACAGCAGCAGCUGUUAUUGGCCUGCUGUAUCCCUGCAUUGACAGUCAUCUUGGCGAGCCUCACAAAUUCAAGCGAGAAUGGGCCAGUGUUAUGCGAUGUAUUGCAGUCUUUGUUGGCAUUAACCAUGCAAGUGCUAAGUUGGAUUUUGCAAACAAUAUCCAGCUUUCCCUGACACUGGCAGCUUUAUCACUUGGUCUCUGGUGGACAUUUGAUCGUUCAAGAAGUGGUCUCGGUCUUGGAAUUACCAUAGCUUUUGUAGCUACUCUUAUUACACAGUUCCUCGUCUAUAACGGUGUUUAUCAGUAUACAUCCCCAGAUUUCCUUUACAUCCGGUCUUGGCUACCAUGUAUAUUUUUCUCAGGAGGUGUGACUGUAGGAAACAUAGGACGGCAACUGGCUAUGGGUGUUCCUGAGAAGCCUCACAGUGACUAAAUGUUUGGAUCUGCAGUAAAGACAGGAUGAAGAUCAGUUCUUGAAUCUCAACUAGGAUUUUUCUUCUUCUUGAAUAAUCUGUGUGAGCUUCCUGCACAAAUGACUGGUGAAAAUGCUUCACCUUAGAGUGGCCAAGAGCUUACCUUGAUCUUUCUGCAGAGAAGCCUCUGGCCUUGACUGUUCUGUUGAAGAAUUCAAUACAGACGUAAUGCAGAGCCAGUCCAUGCUUGGUGGCAGUUCUCCCAAGCACUAGGUUCCAGUUAGAAGACAUUGACAUGGCUGCCAUAUUUCAAAGCCUUGAAACAAAACUUUAAAUUACAAGCUUUGUACAAGUGCCCAAAGAAAGUUGGUUGGUGCUGAAAGGUGGAGUGCAUGGCUGGGUUUGAUAAGAAUAGUAUUUAUCUAAAUGUCCUUUUAACAGAGGAUUGCCUUUAAAAUGAAGGUGAUGAGAAUAAAAAGUACAAUCCUUCAGAAGUUAUAUGAAGGAAUGCUGGCCAUGGGUGCAAAUCACAAUCCCCUGGGAAAAAAUUAUUUGCAGUCUCCACUGCAAUAAAGGGGAAAGGUAUAAGGACCCUACCUAUUUCAGUGAGGCUUGCACAGGAGUAUUUAUCUGAAGUGGUUUGACUUGUGGUCUUUGAAUCCCUGAUCUCUUUGGAGGGUGAGGAGCAAAUCAGCUUGUAGACAGAGAAGCAAUACGUCUGUCAACUGCUUGUCAAAAUGAUAGUGUGAUCCCUUACCUCUACCCUGCUAUUGGAUACACACAGCCAAAACUGAGUUUUGCUCAGUAAUGUAUGUCACUGCGUCUCUGUUGGGCAGGUCCUCAAGUGACUUUAGUGUUUUACUUGUCCUUGAAGAGCUACACCAGCUGAAGAGGAGGCCUUUCCUAUGUGACUCCUAUUAAGAUUUCUAGCAAUUGGGCUGGUUUCAGGACCCAAACGAGAGGCCACGAGAGGAGCAGAGCAGGCCAAAAGUGUUACUUAAUGCUUCUUGUAAAUGUAGUUUGCUUUACAGUGUUUUGGAGAGAUCAUUAUUUUGGUUUUGGUUUUUUGCAACCCUAUAGAACUUGCAAUCUGUGAUUGCCUUGUAAGGAAGAGUGCUUGUCACUACAUUAUGCAUCUUGGUGUUUCUUAAUAGUUUCAUGGUGAGCACAAUAUUCAUUAUAAUAGUGUAGACCACAAUUGACCUAAUGAAUGAGUGUUGGGUCUCAGAAUUUCAAGUGCAAUGUACAGUUGAGAGAAAUCUGAGCCUUGUACUCUCCUCUUUAAUGUUCAUUGGAGAUACUGAAAAAGAGUUUUGAACUCAUUUCAAUGCUGCAUGGAGGCAAAAAUCAGCAAUAAUUUAACUAGUUAUGCUAGUUUGUACCUUCUACUAAACUCUGUUUUUGAAACAAAUACUUCAGUCUUGUAGUUGUGGUGUACAAGUGGGUCUCUUAACUGCACUAUUUUUCUCUAUUAGGCAGUGAGAUGUUCUUCCAUGUCUAGCUUCUUGUGAUUUCCAAUAUUUAGUGGCUUCUAUUUAGGUUCUAAGCUGAAGCUAAAGAACUUCCUCCAGUUUCUGUUCCAAGGAAACUUCCCAGAAAGCAGUGUUUCUCAAACUGUUUGAACUCUGGCUUCCUUCCUAACUUACUGUACUUUCUGCGUAUCUACUGACAGCCCUUUGAUCUUUGACACAUGGGUGCACAGAAUCCCUGCACACAGCCAUAUGGGUACAGCCUGCUGUUGUGAAUAUAAGGUCCUGUGCUUUGGGGCACUAAUCCAACACUGGCAUUGGAAGAGGACUAAGGCAUCUUGGACUCCCUCUUAAAACCAGGCAACAUGAGGAGCUGUCUCUGUUCUGAAACUCCCAUACACUGUCUGCCACCUGGCUGCAUUCAUAGUUACCAUAGCAGUUGGGGUGACUGCCACAGUGCUCUGUUGCUGGGGGGGAAAGUGGCUCUGUCUGCUGCAGGAUAUUUUUCCCUCUGGAAUCCCUCCCCCACCUCUGGUAUCUUGUGCCUUCCCAGGAGUACAGUUUGACAACCAUUGUCCAAAAAACUGGGGAUGCUUAGAAAUUAAGUUCAGGGGCUUCUAAAAGCCUGCCUUAAAGGAAAGGCAGGAUAUACAAGCCCUGAAAUUCUUCUCCAGUUUGGAUUAAAAUCUGAACUGAAGAAGAAUUCUUUUCAUAUCUGCACUAGCCUUCACAGUGCAGCACUUUUCCCGAGAGCUACACCUUUCAUGGUCCCCUUGGUGCACAGCUAUCUAACAUAAUCAGGAUGGCAAAAGGAGGGAGGGAACACUUGUCUCCAUUUUGCUGGACACAGGAGUUCAUUUGGGGGGAGGCUGUCACAGGGCUGUUGAGGACGACAAGGACAAGUGUGAAUGACAGGAGCAUUUUCUCAACCCCUUUGGAAAAUUCAUUGUAUUUGGAAUAUUUCAGAUUGUUUCCUAGUUGAGCUUUAGGUGUGCUCACCCAUCUCUAUCUAAAACGUUUCUGGAAAAUAGUUAAAUGUGUUGGGUGGCUUUCUGUUUGGUGGUUUCUUUGUUCUUAAAUAAAGGGGAGGUAGCAAAGAGUUUAAUAGUAAGAUGCAAGCUACUUUGAGUUUCAUUGAAGUCUGUGGUAUUAUUGAAUAAGCAAUUUAAAUAGUCCAAUGGUAUUACUCAAGCAAGUAUGCCCAUGUGAAAAUGUAUCUGCAAGACAAAAGCCACUGAAGUUUCUAAAUUUAGUUUGAGAUGCCAUCACACAGGAGGCAAAUAGGUACUUCCCCAUGUCAACACCUUAGUACCCCAUGUAACUAGAGAGGACAGUUAUAACUGUAAAUAUGUAAUCAUGAGAUCAGUAAGUAUUUUAUUUGUAAAAGUUUAUUUGUAAAUGGUGUUUUGACAAGACAGCCAAAAUAUACAUUAGAAGUUCAAUCUUGCCAAUACUUGUAAGUAUCUGAACCAAAGUGAUCAGAGUUUGUGUUACAAAGAAAAGUAUGGGAUGGGGGAAGAGUUGCACUAUUCUGGGUUUGGAAUCCUUUGAUUCUCAGACUCGGUAGGUUUUUCAACAAUGUCUGUGAGUGGUGGUGUUCUUUUUUUAAAAAAAUAAAGGUUUCAAACAAC